UCGCUUAGCUCGGUGUCUCUUUCCGGCAUUUAUAGGUUUUACUCUAGUUUUUCAGCAGAGGAGGGGUUAACAGUUCUUGUGUCAUUGACUACCCCAAUUCUGACCUUUGUCCCCCACCCCCUCCAGCCAGCCCAGCACUUGUGACACCUGUGACAGGAAAAGCACAGCCUGAGAUCGAGCUAGACGAUAGAUAUGGGGUCCUUUUUUUCAAGAGCUGUGGAUGAAAACAUGAGAAAACAACAAGAAUUCAUGGCUAUGAAUUCUCAACUUCAGUUGGAGAGACAGAUCCAAAUGCAGAAUCAGAUGCGAGAACGGCAGAUGGCCAUGCAGAUUGCUGGGAGUCGGGAAUUCCUAAAAUAUUACGGGACAUUCUUCACCUUGGCUGCUGUUGGAUUAACUGCAGGGGCUCUUAAAAGGAAGAAUCCAGCCUUCUUUAUUCCUGUUGUACCUCUGGGAUUUGUUUUUGCAUACCAGUUGGAUAUGGGCUAUGGGACACUUAUCCGUAGAAUGAAAGGUGAAGCUGAGAACAUUAUUGAGAAGGAAAACAGCUUGCUAGCUCUACCGAAUGGUUUACCGACUUUUGAAAGCAUUGAGAAAACCAGGAAGGCUCAGAGGAAGUUCUCCAUAGAUGAAUAGGACGUGCCUCUUCGGGCAUCUGCAUGGAGAAACAGGGAGUCUGCACCAGCCACACACUGCCAGAUCUGUUCUUCACACUCCGUCCAUGUGUGCUUGGAUCCAAAAAAAGAAAGUUCAAUAGAGAAGUUUAGUAAACCUUAAUAGCAUAGAAUUAAGUAUGAUGCAUACGGGGCUAAACAUUUCUACUCUCAACUAGUCAAUGGCAAGUGAAGAUUCAGCCCUAGAGUUUAGAAAUCAUCCCUGGUGAGUGAACGAUGGACUCUCCGGGCAUGCAGUGGCAAGUAACUUUUUUUUGGCCUGGCUAGUAGCAUAGCACUUUUUUGAGAAAUGUAGAGCCCAGAAGCAUAUAUCUUGUAACAGCAUGGUGCCCAAAUAAGAAAAAGAAAUAAUCGGUUUAUCAAGCAUAUUUUGUAAAGAUACAUUGUGGUAUUUAAUCUUAAUGUAAAAAAAUUGCUCAGCUAAAAGCAAAAUGCUUCUCUUUAAUUGUUUCAGAUUUAUCUUGCGAUAAUUUUUCUUACUUUUAUUUUACUGUGUUUAAAGUUAAACUUUACUUUCUAAAGCAAUUGGGCCCAAAAUAGUUCUAGAAUUGGAAUACAUUUUACCUGCUUCAUUAAAGGGACACUCCAGCCCCCCAGACCACUUCUGCCCACUGGAGUGGUCUGGGUGCCAACUCCCACUACUCUUAACCCUGCAACUGUAAUUAUUGCAGUU